AUGGAGGUAGAAAACGAGAACAACGUGACUACUCGUUUCGGUCUUUCUAUGUCUAAGGAAGAAAUCUCCAAGAAAAUGUUCAACGAAGGCGACUCCAACGCUAAGGAAAUGGCCUCCCUAUGUGACAAAGAGCUCGCCGAGUUCCUAAAUAUCGACGACAACAACGAUGACGACGUUAAACUAGUUAUGGAAAAACCAAUCCCUAAGAAGAAACAGAAUUCCAAGUCUCCUAAGAAGACCAAAAAGAAGGCAAAGGAACAAACCCUUGCCAAGGCUGACAACUCUAAAUGUAACGUAACAUUCAGUAUUCCAGAGUUCACCUCAAGUUGUGAAAUAACCUUCCCAAUGAAUGUGGACGAAAGUUCAUACUCUAGCUACGACAUGAUCAUCGGACGUGAUCUACAAAACGCACUAGGCAUUGACAUCCUUUGGUCUAAACAAUCGCUAAUGUGGGACGGAAUCUCAGUUCCCAUGAAAGGUUACACAGAACGUUCUGAUGAAAACAAAGACAAACUUCAAGCUAUGUUUGAAGAGAUCAUGGAAAUAGAACAAGAAGAAGAGCUAUACGGCGCGUCCAAACUUCUAGACGCUAAAUACGAAAAAGCGGAUAUUAACGCGGACGUUGAACAAAUGAAUCAUUUAUCAGCGCAAGAAAAAACCGCGUUGAAAAGUUUGCUCUACAAAUAUGAAGAAUUAUUUGACGGCACUUUAGGCACGUGGAACAUUCCCCUAGUCGACUUCAAACACUUAAACCAGGAAGUAAACCAUUCCACGCAAAACCUAUGCCGAUUCCACUCAUACAUAGAGACACGAUCCGCAAAGAAAUUGAUCGUUUAG